AUGGCACCGUUAAAAGAUUUGAUCAUAUCCAAAUUCUCACAUUUCAAGAACAGCAAGAAACUCAUAUUCUCCUCCGCCGUCUUAGCCUUGCUCAUCUUUGCCGCCCUUGUUGGAACCGCCACCACAAAAUCAAACCAAAACAAAAACCAAAGAACCAAAACUCUCUUUACAACAUCACACGCCGUUCUAAACUCCGUUUGCAGCUCAACCCUUUACCCGGAGCUAUGUUUCUCCGCCGUGGCAUCCACCGGGAAAAAGCUGACGUCACGGAAGGACGUCAUCGAAGCAUCGCUGAACGUAACCAUAAACGCCGUGCAACACAACAGCUUGGCCGUAAAAAAACUGAUCGCGAAAAGGAAAGGCUUGACGGCGCGUGAGGUGACGGCGCUUCAGGACUGUAUGGAGACUAAUGACGAGACGUUAGAUGAGCUCCACGAAGCAGUGGAGGAUCUUCAUCAGUAUCCCAAAGGAAAAUCUCUGAGGAGACACGCAGAUGAUCUCAAAACCUUCAUUAGCUCCGCCAUUACGAAUCAAGAGACUUGUCUUGACGGCUUCACUUACGACAAGGCCGAUAGAAAAAGUAGCAAGGCCUUAGUGAAGGGGCAGGUACACGUGGAGCACAUGUGUAGUAAUGCACUAGCAAUGGUCAAGAACCUGACAGAGACAGACAUAGCCAUCUUCGAGCUAAGAGAAAAGUCCACCUCCUCCAACAACCGCAAGCUCAAAGAGAUUACAGGUGACUUAGACGGAGAAGGAUGGCCAAAUUGGUUAUCUAUCGGAGACAGAAGGCUUCUUCAAGGGUCAACGGUGAAUGCAGACGCCACGGUGGCGGCUGAUGGAAGCGGUGACUUUACGACGAUUGUGGCUGCGGUAGCGGCAGCGCCGGAGAAGAGUAGUAAGAGGUUUGUGAUACAUAUAAAAGCAGGAGUAUAUAGCGAGAAUGUGGAAGUGACGAAGAAGAAGACAAAUAUAAUGUUUUUGGGAGAUGGGAGAGGAAAAACUAUUAUCACCGGAAGUAGAAAUGUCGUUGACGGCAGCACCACGUUCCACUCUGCUACUGUUGCUGCCGUCGGCGAGGGAUUCCUAGCGCGUGACAUAACAUUCCAAAACACGGCAGGACCGUCGAAGCAUCAAGCGGUGGCUCUCCGGGUCGGGUCAGACUUUUCCGCUUUCUACAACUGCGAAAUGUCAGCUUAUCAAGACACACUCUACGUCCACUCAAACCGACAAUUCUUCGUCAAAUGUCACAUAACCGGAACCGUCGACUUCAUCUUCGGAAACGGAGCCGCAGUUUUACAAGACUGCGAUAUAAACGCGCGCCGACCAAACUCCGGCCAGAAGAACAUGGUCACGGCUCAAGGCCGGACCGAUCCGAAUCAAAACACCGGGAUUGUGAUCCAGAACUGUCGGAUUGGUGGCACGUCGGAUCUUUUAGCCGUGAUAGGAAGUUUUCCGACGUAUCUUGGUCGUCCUUGGAAGCAAUAUUCUAGGACUGUGAUAAUGCAGUCGGAUAUCUCGAACGUGAUCCGACCCGAAGGUUGGCUUGAGUGGAGCGGGAACUUUGCGUUGGAUACUCUGACUUACAGAGAGUAUUCGAAUAGAGGAGGAGGGGCAGGAACUGCAAAUAGAGUGAAAUGGAAGGGCUUUGAGGUAAUUACGAGUGCUACAGAGGCUCAGCAAUACACCGCUGGUCAAUUUAUUGGUGGUGGAGGCUGGUUAAGUUCGACCGGUUUUCCUUUCUCGUUAAGUCUUUGA